AUGCCACUGCCUCUCCGACUCGGUUUGUCACCACAAAUACCGCCCACCACCCACCACACAAACUUGCUGCCACUUAUCGCCAAGGGCAACGUCCACCGGUGCCCGUCCCAGCUCGAGAAGACCUCCGUGUCUUCGUCCGCCUUGAAGCCGACGCUCCGGCCAGGAAUCACAUCGGCUACGCUAUCCGAGCUCAUGUGGCCAGCAAGACGCCUUGGGCUCAAUCGAAUCCCGCAAGUCCUCCAAGUGAACACCAGAUGGGCCAUCCGCGCCGCAGACAAACUCACCCGUGAUCUGCUUGUAGAACGCCAAACCGAAUGGGCCGAUGAUCUCGGCGCGACGGCCGUUGAGACCAGCCAAAAAUGGUACACUUAUGCCGUAGACAACUGCCCUCGAAGAUUUACCGACCUUUACGGAAACGAACUGAACUACGACGCUGCCUUCCGUGACGAGAUAAACAGCCAGACGGGACUCACGCCGGUCAGCAUCCGAGUCCCUCGCCGUGACAACGAACAGCUUCCCUACAAGACACUCAUCAUCUCCUUCCUUGAACCGACAAAAAGACCUUGGAGCCUAUUUGGCACCAGCCGAGUAGCCAGACACAUCGAAAGAACCAACCCUCCCAGGCAGUGCGAGAACUGCUGGGACUGCCACACACGACAUGCGUGCAACAGACAAACACGAUGCAAACGCUGCGGGAAGACAAACCACGACAAUGAAAGCUGUACUGCCGCCGAGCAGUGCGCCAACUGCCUCGGGCCGCACACUGCGGACCUCGCAACAUGCCCGGCGCGGCCAAAGAGAGCCUAUGUUCUACCGUCUUUGUCCCCGAUGCGCCCUAGGGUUCUCGCAGACCAGAAACGACCGACACUCACCCGAGACAUCCUGUGGCUUACGGUGAAUGGCGUCAUAAUCGUAAACUUCUAUCGCCAACCGCGCUAUGACGUCUCCCUGGACGUCCUGCUGCGGUGGUCAGCACCAGAAAGGACCCUUGUGGCUGGCGACUUCAAUGCUAAGCAUUACUCCUGGCAAACCGGACGACUGGAGGGCCGAGGAGAGGACAUUGCCACCUGGGCAGCGGAAAACGGUUUGAAUAUCUUGAAUACGGCGGACGUGCCGACAAACCCGCAUGGCAACACAAUCGACCUGGCUUUCUCCAACAUUGCUUUGGCAUCCGCGGUUGUGGAAGACCAUCUCGCCACGAGCUCUGACCACUUCACUCUAAGUCUCAUACUUCCCGAUGUUAGCCUGAGCCUGCCACAGGUCCCGGGCAAAGUGCGGGUAACGACUGAAGAGAGAGCUGAAACGCUUCAAGGAGCUCGUUGCCGCCGGAGCUUGUCGAAUACCAAGAACACGGCAACAGCCUCGCAGCUUGACACGCUUGCCGCGGCGCUUGUUGACCUCCUCCAGUCGGCUGCCAGAGCUGCCGGUCGCCCCGUACGGAAAGGAACGCGAAGUGCGCCGUGGUGGACCGACGAGUGCGCCGAAGCCGCCGCGGAGUACCGCGCCAUACGAAGAAUUCUCCCUCUGGGAUUCAGCCAGGAAGUCCAACUAGCAAGAAGAGAGUUCCAGCGUGUGGUCCGCCGUGCCAAGCGGCAGUACUGGCGCAACCUCAUUGACGGCUUCUCGGAUAGCGCAUCGGUCUAUAAGGCAGUCCGGUGGCUCAAAUCACCAGGAGCCUUCCAGCCUCCACCGCUUCAAAUUGGCGACGAUGUAUACGAAACCCAGCUGGAUAAAGCGAAUGCGCUGAGACGCAGCACUCUUGAACGCCGCACGGUGGCGGAUGACAUUACUGACACCUGGAUCCCGGUCCACUCGGCCCGCAAGAUACCCUUCGCCCAAGAAGUCACGCUGGAAGAAGCAGAGGACGCUACCAUCAAGACGGGCAACACCUCGCCCGGAGCCGACAACAUCACGGUCAAGUUGCUGCAAACAGUAUGGGACAUUAUUGGGGGACACGUCUGUCGCCUCUAUCAGGGAUGCCUAACGGUUGGCCAUCACCCUGGUGUAUUUCGAGAAGCAGAAGUGGUCAUGAUCCCCAAGCUGGGGAAGAGAAAUCUGUCGACCCCCAGGGUAUGGCGCCCUAUUUCUCUGCUCUCCAGUCUUGGGAAGGGCCUUGAGCGGCUGAUCGCUCGCCGUCUAGCGUGGGCAUCGAUCCAUUAUGCAGUCCUCCACCCACAGCAAGCCGGCGCGCUCCCAAAACGGUCGGCCGUCGACCUAGUCGCCGCGCUGGUUCAUGGUAUCGAAGAGGCAUUCGCACGCGGAGAGGUGGCCACACUGGUCACAGCAGACAUCCAAGGAGCCUUUGACACAGCCAUGUGCAACAGGCUUGUCCUGAGGCUCCGUGAGCAAGGCUGGCCGGACAAUCUUGCGCGGUGGGCAGGCUCGUUCAUGAGCGGCCGCUCCGCCAGAGUCAGAUACCAAGACAUCACGACACCGACGACGCCAUUGCAGUGCGGCCUUCCACAGGGAUCGCCCGUGUCUCCGAUCUUGUUUUUGCUCUACACCGAACCGAUCUAUCGGCUAGGCAAUCCCGAAGGACGGUUCGGGUACGCGGAUGACACCGCCAUUCUCUGCACUGGACAAUCGCUGGAAGAAACAUCGCGAACAGCGUCAGAAUAUCUUCAAGAACUCGUGAACUGGGGCGCCGCCAACGGCAUCUCAUUCGACCCAGAAAAGACAGAAGUCAUGCACUUUUCACUGAGGAGGCGGGAAACCGAACUGCCCGUCCGCCAUGGUGACGUGGAGAAGCAACCAGAAGCAGCCAUGCGCUGGCUAGGCCUCUGGCUGGACAGGAAGUUGACAUUCAAGACUCAUGUCGAGAAGUGGACAGCCAAGGCCCAGGCGGUCGCCCAACACCUCCGGAGCCUAGGGAACACCCGGCGCGGCGCCCUGCCGAGCGCUGUGCAGAGGGCAGUCAGAGCCUGUGUCGAGCCGAUACUGCUCUUCGGCGUGGAAGCGUGGUAUCCAGGUACAACGUCGCCACGCUGGAGGCGACCGUCGAAGGAAGGACCAUCUAGAAUCCAGCAGCUUGUGCGGAAAAUGAGCAAAGCCCUCAAGCAGGCCAUCCGAGCCAUUCUCCCAAUCUGGAAGACCACACCGAUCGCUGUCUUACACCGGGAAAGCGGCAUACCUCCCGUCCACCAACUCCUGGAGGCAAGACGUCUCCGCUUCUCUGAUCGCAUCAAGUCACUGGACCAUGCACACCCUCUGGCCAAACGCACCACCGAGAUUGCGCCUCGGCCCAUCAUCAAGUGUAUCAAGCUGAAAUACCAACUUCCGCCAAAGGCCUUCCCAACUCGGCUGAGGGGGACGAACAAAUUGCUGGUGAACUGCCAGCGCCCUGUACUUGUCCCACGGAAGUACAGCAGCGAAAUACAGCAGCCUCUCCAAACUGCAUCCAAAGAAGAGUCCGCCAAAGACUUCGACCGAUGGCUUCGAACCAUCCCACCGCUUAGUCUUAUCGUGUACUCUGACGGCUCACUGCCCUCCAGCGGUGCUGCCGGAUACGGCUAUGCUGUCCACCAAAGCGGACGCUCUGUCUGCCAAGGCGCAGGACGUCUCGGCCCUGCGGAGGUGUUCGACGCUGAGGCUAAAGGAGCGCUGGAGGGCCUCAAAGCCGCUCUUAGGCUCCCUCAGUCUGCCACACAACGAAUAGUGGUAUGCCUCGACAACGUCGCAGCUACCAAAUGCCUACGAGGCAAGCCAUCAGACUCGUCGCAGAGGGUCUUCCUGACCUUUCAGGCCCUGGCGAAAACGCACCGAAUGACCGAAGUCCGCUGGAUACCCGGACACACGAAGAUUCCAGGAAAUGAAGCAGCCGACAUCCUUGCGAAGACGGGAUGCGCCCAACCCGAACCCGCAGACGCAGUCCCAACACUGGCCUUCUUGCGUAAGACCGCUAGACAGCGGUCCAAAAUCGCAGUCCAAGCCUGGUGGGAUGCCUCUGCACCCGAUAAGUAUCAAAGUAUCAGAAAUCCAGCACAACGACGCUUGUGUUACAUGUUCUUGCGGUCGGCGCAAGGCGCCGACGCAUCUCUUCUAUUGCCGGAAGAUUCAGCCGCGCUGUCGGAUGAGACUCGCACCCUCACCGACCGUGGCGAUCAACCAGGCAAUAGGCAGAGAUUUCGACAAAUUUGUCAAGCUGGUGAAGGCAAGCUCUCUCUUCGAGAAGAUCUGUUCGCGCCACUAGAUGAAAUCAUCCAUCACAGCACUGUCGUGCCCCUUUCCUUUGUCCCUUUCUUCUCCGGCGGCCACCGCAGCCCGCCACCAUAG